UUGAUGAUGAAGAUUAGGUGAGGAGGGGAUUGCUUAGAGUCGAAUGCGAAGAAGAUGCUAGGUUUUAGGGUUUACUUUAGGCGGGGAAGAAAGGAAAAGUUUUUCCAACACCUUAUAUCCUCCUGGUGACCUAUUUUGUUAUUUAUUCAAAAUAACCCCUUGAAAAACUUGCCUAAUAAUUAAAAAAAGCCCAUCUAUGACUAUAAGUCAAAACGGAGCUCCUCUUCCAAUUUCCAAUCCCUCGUUUUCUGUUCUAACUUCUUAAAAAUAAGCACGGGAAAUUGCAGAAAUCUCAAAUUUGACCUAACAAAUUACUGGAAUUUUGGGGCGAAGCAAGAAAUGGCAAUGAGGAAGUCUGGUAGUAGUUUAUUGAGGAUGCCCUAUUAUUCUCUUAGAUCAAUUUUUGUUCAGAGCAGUAAGAAAAUGGGCACAGAUUCAGCAUCAACAGCAGGCAAGCAGAAGAUUUCUGAUGCUAAUGUUCCUUCUUGGUGUUCUGAGAUUCUAAUGUGUCCACUCUCUAGGAAACCCUUGAGGAGAAGCAUAGGGCCAUCUAAUGGAGGGGAAGAAGGAUCAGAGGAUUCUCUACUCAGUGACGCAUAUCCCUGCAUUUCGUAUCCAAUAGUUGAUGGGAUCCCUUGCUUGAUUCCAAGCCAAGGCAAGUUGUUGAAGACUAACGAUAACGAUGGUGCUGAUAAAGCUUCAAUGCCGGCAGAUUCAACUUUCUGAACACCAUCAACACGGUCACAAAGACUUACUCAUGUGUUUUGUUUUCUACAAUAAUAUAACACCAUGUUUGAUUAUGUUUGUUAACGAAAUGAACGAAGAUUUGUGUGUCCACAAAAUCAUAGCAUUCUUCUUAUGUGAAUGUAGUUAAAAUUACGAUACA